AUGAAUUCGGCGAAAGAUUGGGAUCCAAAGGUUAGAAUACCCAGAACGCCGGCGGAAUGGGCAUUGAUGGCUGGGGAGGCAAAAAUACCACCACUUGCUGAAGGAGUAAAAGCCGAUGAGGAUUACCCAGCAGGUCAACCAGCCUUGUACCUGGACAUGCAUAAAGUUGGUCAUUGGGAAUCUGCGUCGAAAGUAUCGGAGGCACACUUUCUCCUGACUCGAUGUUUGUGGAAAUUUAGCAACAACACGGCGUUAAGUGAGUGGGAUUCAUACCCAGACCCUAUGAUAAACCCAAAAAGACAUGAAAGCUUUCAACCAGCUAUGGAUUGGCUUUCUAAGAGACCGGACUGGAGGGCAUAUGUUCGCGACAUACAAGAAAAUACGAAUAAACGCCCUGACCCGGGACAGGCGAAGAGCCUUGGCGAAUUCACAAGUACGCGACAUUGGCAACUUUGUGUCCGAGAUGGGGAGAAACAGAACAAUGAACGUGACAACUCCCCUCCUGUCACAAGAAGCAGAGCGAGACAAGAUUUGCCUUCAGUGGAAAUGCAGGCGGACGCUGACGGCUCUUCCGAUUUGUUUGACGCAAGGCCCGAACGGACGACCACCGUGUUUAAUGCGAGCGGGAGUUCCAAUGAUGCUGCCUCCAAAGAGGAUGAUUCGAGCGACAGAAUGAGCGGGGUCUUGAAAACCAUGUCGAGGUCAAGUGGGAGUUCCGGGGAACCUUCCGCCAACGUGAGGGAGUCCCACAUGAGGAUGGACGAAAUGCACGAACUCACGACAUACGAGACUAGGUCAUCAUGUCUCAGCUUUGGGGCGCUAGCGAAGAAAAUGUCCGCCCAAUCUGCAACUACGAAGGAGGAAGCAUCGAUUACGCUCUGCAGAACAAGCGACGAGGAGACGGUCAAUAUGGCGCUUGUGGAAUUUUUGAGUGCAUUGACUAGAUGCUACCCACAUGUUCAUCUGGAAUGGAAAGCAGACAGGCAAUUUUUCGAAGUCGACCUCGGAAAGGCUCAGCUCCGUGCUAAGUCAGACGGUGGAUUGUUUUCAAGACAAUCAGACAUUUUCGCCCUUGUUGAGGUCAAGCCCUUCGUGCUUAUGGCGGCACCCGAAACGACUUUCAGGCAAAUGUCAAUGGAGAUGGUCGCAUGGAUUGCGCAUGCCAUGAGAAAUCCGCAAGACCGAAGGAAAGCGUAUGUUCUCCUCCAUUACCGUACUCAUCCUAAGUCCAAGCCGUUUUCUAAUACGCUGGAAGAUACUACAUGGUAA